CUACAGCUGGAUGGACUUCUCUGUGGGCCUACGCUUGGGGCCUAGGAAAAAGAAGGUUUCCUACCAAGAGCCCCCUACCCACUCUGGUCACGGUGCACCAGCUGCCUCUCCCUGCCUGCCCUGUCCCCCCUCUUCCUGUACCUGCUCCUGCCCUGGCUGUCCCCUUCCCUCCUACUCCUGCACUGCCUGUCCCUCUUACGCAGCUACCUGCCCAUCCUGUCCCAGCCUCCCUGGGCCACCCUGCACCUGCCCUUGCCCUCCUUGCCCUGCCUGUCCUCCCUUGACUUGUCCCCAUACCUCCUGUGUCCCCUGCUCCGGUCCACCCCUGACCUGCUGCCACCCCUCCUCUUGCCCCAUUUACCCUUGUUCCAAGGGCCAAGCUGCCUGUCGAAGUUCCCGGAGUUCCCACCUGGGCUGUAGUGAUAGCUGUGGAUGUAGCCAAGGGACCACAUGGGGGCUUCCAGGCUCCAUUGGUUGCUGUAACUUCUGCCUAAGGAGACAGCGCCCAUCUCAGGGGCGAUGUCUGAUUGUCUAGGUGAACUGCUGCCCUCUGAGAGACGGUGGAGCACUUCUGAAGUUGCUUUCUCAGAUAGGAGCUCUAAGAAGAGUCGGGAGAGGGAUCAGCUGGACCCCUACCCAGGCAAGGAAAGGCAGCAGGCUACACAGAACCCCUCUCCCCCAGGCCUGGGGGACAGGGAGAGUCUGCUUUGAAGAUAGUUUCUGGGCGUGCUCAUGCUGGUUCCAGAACCUCCUCCUCUGCAACUUCUGGAAUGGAAAGUGAAGCGCCCUGACAGCCCCUGAAGGAUAGCCAAAUAGCUCUAAUUGGUGGAGAAAGCCUCUUAUUUAAAGAAGAAAUCCAGCUAAUGUAGAAGGAUUAUGAGGAAAAAGUCACCAUUUUGCAAUUCCCAGUGAAUUAAAGCAAGAAUCAUGUAUGGAUGAAUCAAAGAUGAUGACGGGUGGAGAACUCUGCAAUGGAAGAACCAAGGUGCCACCAUCUGAGUCCGCUGAUGAGUCUUAGCAUCGCUAAAAAGCGACACAACCCGAUGCUGGGGACCUCCUGAUGUGAUAGUCUGAAGCACUCGGCACUGAGGAAGGGUUCUUCCCAAACAAGGAGAAAACCAAGACAAGAAUGAAGAUGAAUCUGAUUAAACUUCCAGAGCUAACUUCCAUUUAAUGGGAAAUUCAGGAGAUGGAAGUCCAUGAGAAAUGACACAUGAGGAAGUAAGCAGACACACCCAAAAUGUGGGACAUUCUAAAGGAAAUCUGACCCAGUUUCCUUAAGUAGUCAAUGGCUUAUGCCGGGAGAGUGAGAAGGGACUUAAAAAGACAACUAUAGGGCUGAAGUGUAGCUUGUAGUGGUAGAGGCCUUGCUUAGUAUGUGUGUGAGGCCCUGGGUUAAUCCCUAGCACCACACACACACACACACACACAAAAGACUCGCUACUUACACAGAACACACAGAACAUAUGAAUUUCUUUCAGUUCAUGAUUUGUAAAGCCAACUAUAAAAAUACAUUUUCAGGGCUGGGGAUAUUGCUCAGUAGUAGAGCACCUGCCUAGCCUACCAUGUGUGAGGCACUGGGUUUGAUUCUCAGUACCACAUAUAAAUAAAUGAAUAAAAUAAAGGUCCAUCAACAACUAAAAAUUUUUUUAAAAAAAUACAUUUUCAGACAGUUGGAAACAUUUACUUGUGGACUGGGUAUUUAUGAUGCCAAGGAGUCAGUGCUAAUUUUGCUAGUUGUAAAAACGGUCCUGAAAAAAAAUGGCCCUGAAGUUAUAUAAGAAAAGGUCCUUAUUUCCUAGAGACAGAUGCUGAUGUAUGGAGUAAAGCAACUUCUUUAAUUUUAAAUAUUUCAGAAGAGAAUUAAGGACAGAAAGAAAAGAGUGGAAGGAAUAAAAAGUGACAAAAUUCGUAACUGUUGAAUUAAGUAUAUGUGGGUUCACAGAACAAUGCUAUCUUUGUAUGUGUUUCAAACAUUUUCAUAAUAAAAGUUUUAAAUGAAGUUCCUCUGUAAGCCUGGUUUCCAAUAACUCCCAGAGUGUCCUUCCCAAAUAUCCUGAGAUCCAGGACUCCCCCCAUGGUUCCUUACAUACAGGUCCUAGCCCUCCCUUCCCACCAUCAGAAGUAUGUCCUAGAGAUGGACUGUAGGGCUGGGGAUAUAGCUCAGUUGGUAGAGUUCUUGCUUUGCAAGUAGAAGGCCCUGGGUUCAAUCCCCAGCACCAUACCCUUUCAGUCCUCCACACACAAUUUCCCAUUAGGAUUUUUCCCAACUAUGCCUCACAGCUCUGAGGGGCCAGGACAACCUUAAAUAUUCCACAAAUAUUUUGAUUAUGUAUUACAGUAAACUAAGAUAAUCCAGAAUAAUAUAAUCUUGCUUUUGGUCUCUGUUAAAUGCUUCUAAGCAAAAUGCAAUAUGAUAAUGGUAGAAAAUUGGUCUCUGCCCUGUGAAACAGAAAGCAAAAAAUGAAAAGUCAUCCUAUUAUAUUCAUUAUCUUUAUCCGGGACAAUCUCCAUAUCCAAAGAAAAGACCAUCUAGAAAUUAGAAACAUGUCAUGAGUUCAAAAGGCUGAUUCUCAGCAAUAGGAUGGAGGGCACUCAGUUCCCAAUUCCCCCAGUAACUGAGUGACCUUGGAGAAGUCAUGAGUUUAUAUUAAUAUUUCUGGAUGAGAGCCUGGGAAUAAUAACCCCUUUCUACGCUUUCUGUCAGUAGUUUGACAGCUAGUAGUGAAGAUACUUUGGGAUUUGUAAGAUAUUAAUCAGAUGUUUAUCCUAAGAAAGUUUUUCUCAGGAUGUCAUCCCUGACCCUUGCAUACUACAAUCUCCAAGCAUUAGUAUUAACAAAACCAACAUUUACUGAUCACUAUGCAGGUAGCUAGGCUCGUUUAAUUUUCUCAGAAACCAAGUGAGCACAGAAUUAGAAAGAUCUGGGUUCCAGUUCCUACUUUACCUCUUACCA